AUGCCCUGCUCAGACUACCUACCAAACCACCCACACCCUGGGUCGCACCUUGACAACGAGGGCUCGAAGAAACAACAGAUUCCGCUCCCUGCGGCGUGGUCCAAGAACUUGCGUUCUCCGUCCUCUCACAUCUCGCUUCGAAUGUCAAGCAAGUCAGCCCCGAGAGACUCGAAGAAUCCGAAGAAGAAUCUCACGGGUGUUCAAAAGGUCGAGAUUGUGAAAUCAAUAUGGCAAGUAAACAUGCCAUUCCUACAUUCAAACGCCCCGGUGGAUAUGGCAAUGGAGCACUUCGACAAAAAUGAUUAUCAAAAGAAACCUGGAUCCCGACUCGAGCCGCCCCGGAUUGACACCCAGUUUGAUCAGCGUGGUUCACAUACAAAAAGUUUAUAUGGAGCGCCUAUGAGGUCCGCGAGCCGCCGUGAGACGCCUACGACGGAAUCUGGCUUUUUCUACGAAGAUCAAUCAACCGGGUCCCGGCGCCACCAGCCUUCUCGGUCGCGGACUACACAUGGACCAGCUCCAUCGUACCACCCUGGAAAAUGGCCGAAGGGAACAGUCUCCAAGAAUAAUGCCGCAGAUCCUCAAAUGUUGAAAACGAACAUAGCAGCUAUCUCACCCGAUUCGACUUCGAAUGAACGAAUGUGGCCUUUGUUACCCGAAAGCGGCAGUGUUUGCCUUUCUCCUUUGGCUGGCAGCGCUUCCAUUAUAACUCCACUAUCUGCUAGCUCCACGCAGCCUCUAUAUUUCGUUCCUUCGAACCUCCACCGAUCUCCAGUCCAAGAUCGUCCCCAAAAUUCGCCUUUCCAUAGCUCUCCUGGUCUAGGGUCGGGUACCUCAACAUCUGAAUUCAGUGCAGGAGUAACGCCCAACCUUAACGGCUCGAGGUCCUCGAGCUCUAGCCUUGAGUGGUUCCCCGAUGCAGUCUCUCCGGUCCACGCUACUAAUGAAGCGUCGCCCGUUAGGGGCUAUGAUCUCAUAUCCCCGAUUUCCGCCGGUGUUUUCGACGAAAGUCCGCGACUGAGGAGAAACCCUACGUUUAGAAAACAACGCUCGAUGAGGGAAUCGAGAAUGAAACUCCUCCCUCCAGCACCCGAUAUGCCCGUGGCACCGGUUAUUGAUCUGGCGCGAAACGGUUGCCAAUCCCACUGA